AUGCUCCUUAAUUCAAAUGGUAUCAUAAAUUCACUUUUACUUGGAUGGGAAGCCCAUUUAAAUAGCGAUAGAUUACAUCAAAUUGAAAAAGACUUUGCAUGUUGCGGAUUUCAUUUUCGAUAUCAGUUCUUUGGCGAUAAAUGCAAUAUUUCAGAAUGGCCAUGCUUACUUCCAAUGGCUAAUAAACUCAUGCCAUCAGUUGUUAAAUCCGGAUACUAUUUUCUUGCCCAGGCAAUAUUUCAUCUUUGCGCUACAAUCUGCUACUUCUUGCUCGCAAGAAAAGAAACAAUAAUUACUGAAGAAGCAGAAAGCUUUUUGAAACCAAAUACCAACCAAAAUAUCGAUAGAUUCAAUUAA